CUUGCACGAUCGAGACCCAUCCAAUACCAUUCGCAACAACAGGCUUCUCGCAAACAUCCUUGCUGACCUGCCGGGUCAGCGAGUUUGCAGGUGACUUGGCUGUCGAUGAGAGCGUACCACGACGUCCAUCCGUGGACACGUCGCAAGAAAAUAGAGGGUCAGCUUUCCUGAUGAUCAGCACAGAAGCCCCCCAGCCGGUGACAUCCCAUGCUGCCAGUCCCAUGAGAAAGCAGAUUUUACGGAAGAGCACAUCUGAUAGCAGCGUGGAAAGUGGUCCCUCUGCUUGUGGAGUGCCUGUAGCUUCGGCAAUAGGGGCGCCAGAGGUAACUCAAAUUUCGACACGGUCUGUUCGAACAACUUCAACUCCACAACCUGUAUAUUACCCAGGCGGCUGGCGCAGUGAAUGGAACCACCUAGCAAUACAGAUUCAUGGACUUGAUAUCGUUACUGAGGCAUCUACCGGAGGUUCAAUAAGGGCUUCUACAUAUGCUUCGUCAUGCUUUCCUCAAGCUCUGGACAUCUCUUCCUCCGCCCCGACUUCGUCAAGCCCGGUAGAAAAGCACAAUGCGACGCCGGUUACGAGUAUCGACAGCACGAGACAAAGAUCUGGGCUCUCGACUGUAAGGAGUGCCACAAAGCCAAGAGAAGUAUUGGCGAAACCAAACAUAGGGCCAUUAUAUUCUCCUGUCACGAUGUUUGAGAGCGAUUUCGGAAGUGAUGCUGGCAAGCCAAGUGAGUUGCCACAGAUACUCCAAACGCCUGCCUUUGCACUUUUGAGAGGCGCUCAGCGGGCACAACAAUCGUCUGGUAGUGCAAGCCCAAAGUGGAAGCGCUACCCAUGUCAGUCGCCCGAACUCAUAGGCAAGGCCGGACAAACGCGUUAGGGGCCUGUAUGUAAACCCCAUUCUGAUGCCUGCGAAUCGUGCACUUGGACGAGCUUUACUCGGCGAAGAUAACCACAAUGACCUGCCCACUCCCCCAGUCCCCCAGCUAUUUCGCGGGACUAACCCACCAAAAGUACAAGCUAGCGCUCCUUCGCCGCCAAUAAUUACAGGCCUGCUCGUCAAACUGACCCGUAAUAUCAUGUUUAUCCACUACCUGUAU